AUGAGUCCAAAAUACGCCACAGCAACCACAUCCGACAUGAUCGUCUUCUCAACCUUCUUCCUCGGUGUCGGCAUCUGCUUUGCACUGUCCGCAACUUUCCACAUCAUCGCCAACCACAGCGAAACCGUCCACGUCUUCGGUAACCAGCUCGACUACGUACGUAACCCAACACCCAAUCCCCACCAAUCCCACCACAGCCACUAA